AUGCACUUAAAGCAAGGAGAUCCAAAGCCAGAAUUUCGCUCUGACCGUUUAACUCUCAUUGGAUAUAGGUUUUGCCCUUAUGUUGAUCGAGUUAAACUGGUAUUGGGCUACCACAAAAUCGACUACGAUUUAGUGAAUAUUUCGCUAACCUCGAAACCUGAUUGGUUUUUGGAAUUAUAUCCAGCUGGUAAAGUCCCACUAUUAUUGGAGAAAGGGAAACAACUCUCUGAGUCUGAUGUGUUGAUGCGUCAUAUCGAUAGUGUGUAUGGUUCAGGUGUUCUCUUAUCCCAUUGUGGUGAAGAAUUAUUUGAAAAAGCGAAAGAAAUUAUGCAGACAAUUACUGGACCAACCUAUAUGCUGUUGAGUAGUCCUCAAAUAUCUGAUGGGGAUGUUGCACAUUAUUGGGAAGCAUGCAGUAAGCUAAACGAUGCAAUUAAAGGUCCAUAUUUCGCCGGUCACGAUUUAAGCCUAGCCGAUCUACUCAUCUUUCCACAUUUACAAAGAUUUGAAACUAUUGUCGGACGAAUCAACGCAAAGACUUGAAUAAUAUUGGUGAAUUGAAUGGAAACGAUGAACUACGCGCUAAAUGGCCUAAAUUGACAGGAUAUUUAGACGCAAUGAGAAAGAAAUCAUUUGUUGCUGAAAGUGUUGCAUCAUGUCAACUUAUUGCUCGUUUUGUGAAUAAUAAACAUCAGGGUAAAGAUGAUCCUGAUAUAGAAUGAAUGAAUGAAUGAAUGAAUGGAGUUUGUAAAUUGAAGCGGAAUUCAAAGUCAACUUUGCUUAUUUGAUUGAUAUUGUUAUCAUGACUGUGGAUGGUUUAUAAUUUUGUAGUUGUAGCUCAACACUUUUCUAUUGAUGUUAUGCUAUUUGUCCUUUCUAUGUGUGCUCUGUGUGAAUAAAUAUAAUUUUUGCUUUCUACUAAA